ACAAACAUUAAGGAAAAGUUUGUUUGGAAAUUUCUAGCAAAAUCUGCAGUGCUCUCUGCCGAUGCCGCCAAGUGCAAGCGUCUGAACUCUGAAGCGACCACCGCAAUCGCAAUCCAUUUGCUCUUCCCAACCCAAUGCUGCCUGAUACAAUAAUCACCUCCGACACGCCCUCGUCUUCAUCCCAAUUCAACUCCUCGUCUCGAAUAAUCUGCCGCGUAUGUCAAAAACAAUAUUCACAGUAUACUUGCCCGCGCUGCAAUACUCGGUAUUGCUCCCUCCCUUGUUACAAGUCUCACAGUCUUCAUUGCACUGAGUCCUUUAUGAGGGAGAACGUCGAGGAGGAACUGAGACAGUUGCAGCCUGAUGAUGAAAGUAAACAAAAAAUGCUGCAUAUCCUUAAGCGAUUCCAUUCGGAAGAGCAGGAGAUGGAUUACAUGGAUGAGCAUGGUUCAGAUUCAGACUCAGAGUCACUUUUUGCAGAGGAGACUGUUCGAAAGAUUUUAUCUGGAAGUCAGGUAGGCCUUGAUGAUCUCUCUGUGGAAGAGCAGAAGCAUUUCCUAAGAGCUAUAGCCUCAGGAGAGCUGAGCAAACUGCUCAAGCCAUGGGAGCCUUGGUGGUUGAAGCGUUCUGCUAAUUAUACACGUCUCAGCCAGGAUGGAACCCAACUCGUUCAACCACUUGACAACACAGGAAAACUAGCUUCAUCCCACGAUAAUAUUGAAAACGAUCAGGUCUAUGACAUUCCACCGGGCCCUGAUGCUCCUCUACCUUCUGUUAGAAGGCUUAGUGCUACUGAACCAUCCCCUCUAUUGACAGUUCACCUUGUUGACAUCAUAUACAGUUACUGUUUUACCCUUCGCCUUUACAAUGGGGAUUGGUCGUCAGAUUCCACAGGAUCUGUGGAAGUUCUUCUGAGUAUUUCUUCUGUUUUGGGCCAAGGCGGGCAGCCAGAGACCGUGUUGGAAGCCCUGUCAUAUUGCUCGGAGCAGACCUGCUCUCCAGCAUAUAGACACAUGGGUGGGUCACAGUUUGCACUGAACCUUAUGGACGAUGUAACUAGUGUACUUUAUCUUGGGGGUGCUGCAAUAGUCUGCUUGCUCUGUGAUCUUCAGAGGCUGAUUCAGGCAGCAGAGAAAGAGUUCAAGUCAGAGAAAUCAGGAAAAUCAAGAGGGUCGAAAAUAAAGACGAAACUGAAGUCGGCUGAGCGAAAGGUUUACUUUAUCAAAUGUUGGGCUAAUGAGCAGCCAAACGAAGCAUGGUCUUCUCUAGCUGCUAUAGUGAAGGCAGAGAAGAGUUCAGCUAUGGCAUAUAUAACCAGAGGAAGAUAUUCUUCGAAAAAGGAGGAAGGGUCUAAACCCAAAGACAAGCCAAUGAUUUGCGAGUUUCAGUAAGCUCCCGGACCUCUGAUGAGUCUCUUUUAUUUGUCCUGGUUACCUUGUUCGCCCUCUUCAGUUGUUUCAAGUGUAGUCAAUCCAAAGGAAGCAGCACAAGCUAGUGGCAGAAUUUGGUGUAAUUGGAAAAAGUUCAGGGCCGUCUUUCCCUGGAAGACAUUAUUCUUGUAUAUGUAUUUGCAAUUGCUAGUUGAUUUACAACUCUGUAGAUUUGGAAUACCAGCUUCUUCCAUGUUUAGUAGAGAAAUGAUUCGCAUUUUUGCGGAUUUUGGUUGUACAUUAGAAGAUUGCCGAGCUUAUCUGAUUUUAAACAUGUCAUCAGCCAUCGGAUUUCUAACUUUUGUGGCUGCAAUAGAUCUUGAUACAAUGUGGAAGGACCUCA